UCUGAUAAUUUGCUGCGUAAAAAUCUUAGCUGCUGAGCGUGCCCAAUAUUUUGCUGCGUGUAGCCGUGCUAUAAUAGACACUAUUUGUAACCUAACAUAACCUCUUCGUUGUAAUUUUUAUUCGCGAUGUCCGAUGUAAACGUUGGGUCAUUGGAAGAAAUAGCUUUAAAAAGAAAAGAAAAACUGCAAGCUUUGAAAAGGAAAAGAGAAGGUAAUGAAGAACACAAUUCUGUGCCAACAAAUACACAAACAGUGCUUCCGAAACCAAAGUUUCGGAGUUAUAAACCAGAAGACGAAAAACUAAAUGAACAUAAAUUAGAAGAUGCAAAACCUGGCGAUGUCGAAGCAGAAGUAAAAGAUCAGUUGAGUUUAGGGAAAUCGCAAGUAAUUAUUGAUGAACUAGAUAUCACCAACUUAGCUCCAAGAAAACCUGAUUGGGAUUUAAAAAGAGAUGUAGCCAAAAAGUUAGAAAAACUGGAACGUAGAACACAAAGAGCAAUUGCAGAAUUGAUUAGAGAUCGCCUGAAAGAACGUGAAACUUAUAUUAGUUGACAUCUUUGUUGGCAUAUGCAGAUUACAGUAUUACUUAAACUGAAGACUUUCAAUUGUAAUAUAAUGAUUCGUUAACAUUUCAUAGUUUCUCAAGGAUUUUGUUCAUUCUUGUCAUUUUGACUAUUAAUAUUGUAUUAAGUCAUAAGUAUAUCACUUACCUAAUUUGAAUUAAAACAAGAAACUUA